AUCAAGUAUAUUGUCAAAUUUGUCAUCAUCCAUGCAUAGAUAGAUAGAUACCGCAAUUAUUACACUGUGCUUUACUAUUUUUCUUCCUUAUAUUUUGUAAUCACCCAAAAAACUUCUAAUUUGUAAACAAGAGCUGACAGUAUUCGGUAUUUGGAAUUGAGUCUUGCUUCUUUUUUCAUAACUUGUAACAGAGAGUACAAGAAUUGCAGAGAGAGAUAAGGGGGAUGAGAUAAAAUGGGUUCUUUCAUUUUUUUUCAUUAGAAUUUGUAUGUGGGUGAAGUAGAUGUUGUGAAAUCUAAUGGUGGGGAAUAGGGUAGUGGAGUCUGGGCUUUGUGGGUGUGCUGUGUAGGGGAGGGGAGGGAAGUGCCUGUGGUUUGCAGGUAUGGAUUUUGGGCAGGUAGGAGAUGGAGGUUUUGGUUCAGGAGGAGGAGGAGGAGGAGGAUCAGCAAUGGCAAAUUUAUUACAUGAUCACCGACAUAGAAGCAAUAACAGUGACGUUGGUUCUGCAGAUGUUGCUUUGAAACAUUGCAGAUCUGUUCCAGAGAUGGGUUUCUGCAAGUCCAGAGACGAUGAUGACAGAGCAGCAGAAAAUCAGAAUCCCAUGAAGCUGGCCAGGACUGACUCCUUCCCAUUUGACCUCAAGAUGCACAAUCAACAUCAGCAGAUGAUGAGGAAUAAUUUGGGCUAUGGUACAAGCAAUUCAACUGAUGGGGGUGUCUUGUUUAAGACUGAUGCCUCGUGCAAGAAUGAGCUUGCGUUUUAUACAGAUAGGACUUCUCUGAUGCAGCAACACCAGCAGCCUUAUUACCCUUUCAAAACUGCAGCAGGAUUGCCAUUGUCUAUGGGGAGAGGAGAAAGCAUGAACAGCAUCGGCAUGGGGAUGGGCAGUUAUGGUACUGCUGUACAGGGAUCCAGGUUUUGCUUCACACCAUCUCAGUGGCAGGAGCUUGAACACCAAGCCUUGAUUUUCAAGUACAUGACAGCCGGUAUACAAGUGCCUACUGACCUGCUUAUGCCCAUUCGGAAGAGCCUCACUGAAUUGACUGGUUUAUCAGCUCUUUCUGCUCCACGUCAUCCCACCAUGGGGUGGAGCUCUUUCAAUUUGAGGUUUGCAAACAAUACGGAUCCAGAGCCUGGGAGAUGCCGGAGAACAGAUGGAAAGAAAUGGCGUUGUUCCAGAGAUGUUGCUCCGGACCAGAAGUAUUGUGAGCGGCACAUGCACAGAGGCCGACCCCGUUCAAGAAAGCUCGUGGAAGGUCAGACUGCCAUCAGUAAUAGUAGUAACGGUAAUAUUAGUAACAAUAGUACUGCUACUCUGGAAGGGCCCGAUUCAUCUUCGUCUUCUUUGGCUUCCUCCAUAAGCCUGGCAGCUGGUCGUAGCAGCACUGGUAGUUCUAGUUUUACCAGUCUGCGUCCUCCAUUUUCAAUCAACAGCCAUACUGCAAACUCUCCAAUGGGAAUGAAGGGUUUCUCUGGAAGUGGAGGCAGUAUGUCCAUUAAUGGUGGUGUUUCUAGCAGCCAGUUUAACAAGCCUCCAUUGCACAUGGUUUCUUCUGGUGCUGCAAGUGCUACAUCUGCCAUGUCCAACAAGGACUACAGAUACAUGAACUGGAUGAAAGGAGAUGUGGAUGAACAAUUGCUCUUCUCAGAUGGAAAAGGCCUGGGUCAGGAUUCUCAACAGUCCAUGAGCAGUCUGGCAAUGCUUUCAUCAGUGAAUAAUGCUUGGCGUCUCAUGCCGCCAUCCAAGGUGCACACAGAUCCCAAACUGAGCAACAAUUCCAUGCUGCAAUACUGUUCUCCACAGCUUCGUACACUCCUUGGCCAAGAUUUUGGUCUUAUGCCUGACGCCAACCAGAUGAACUUGCAAUUACAAGAGCAACAGCAGCAGCAACAGCAACAACAGCAUCAGCAGCAUCAACAACAUCAACAUUCCUUUUUAAGUACAGGAUUUGGGAAUGACCAUUCAUCAGAAGGACAACCCCUGAGACAUUUCUUUGAUGACUGGCCAAGAACAACCAGAGAUCCAACAACAAUUUCCUGGUCUGACAUGGAAGAAAGAUCCUCAAACAGCACACAGCUUUCCAUAUCCCUUCCCAUGACCAUAUCUGAUUUCCCCACUUCACCCAGAGGAAAAAUCAACCUAUCCUCCCUCAAACUGUCCAUGUCAGCAGCCAGAUCAUCGACUGAGGAAGAUCCACUUGACCCAACUCAAAUGGGUCUUGGUGUGGGCAUGGGACUAGGCCUCCUGAAUGAAGACAGGCAUAGGCAGACCAAUAACUGGAUCCCUGUGACAUGGCAAAGCCCAGUGGGAGGACCUCUUGCAGAAGUUUUACAGUCUAGCACUAAUGCAGGAGGAACCCCUAGAGGUGGGUGUAAGACAUCUGGGCUUAAUUUGAUGAGUGAUGGAUGGGAACUGAGCCCUCGUGGCAGCCCAAGAAUGGCAUCCCCAACUGGUGUUUUACAGAAGACCUUUGCUUCUCUGUCGGAUAGCAGCAGUGGGAGCAGCCCUAGAGCAGUUGCAGCAGCAGCUGCUGCCAAACAUGAGAUAUCUCUGCAACAAAAUCUUGGAGGAGUGUAGCUCAACUCAGCAAAGUCAAGUCUUGUUUUCUAAUGAAUGCAUGCUUUGAGGGCAAACUUAUACUUUGCUUUAUGAUUUAAUUUUAUCUGUUCAGAAAAUUUGCAGUUUUCCUGCUUAGAAACUGAUGGAUGGUGGUAUGUUUGCUUGUCUGAUCUUCUAUAUUUUGGUUUCAGAUGCCAAACAAUUUCAAAAACUCUUGAUUGCA